AUGCACCCCUCGCAGACGCUCGUGCCCCGUCUCUCGGCCCUCGUUGGACGCGCAGCCCGCCGCCAGCCGCGUAUGAUCCCCCCAGCUGCUAUCGUUGCUGUUCCCCACGUUGAAACACACGCACCGCGCGGCUUCUUCGGCCGCCUCCGCCGUCCACGCCAGCUUCCCGCGCCCAUGAUCGCCUGGAACGACCACCUCUCAAUGGUGUAG